GUCGCCCGGGGAGCGCGCCUCGCCGCGCGCGCCCCUGCCCGCGCCCGCGGCGCGUCCCCGCCCCGGUACAGCCCCUCCUCCCCGCUGUGUUUAUUAGGGGAAGGAGGGCGGAGGCGGAGGCCAGUUCCCUAGCUCCAGCCGCCGUCGCCGUCGCCUGUGCAGUCGCAGCUGCGGCCGUCUCCCGCCAGCUCGCUCCGGGGAAAGAGAACGCGCGCGAGCUCGGGCGUCUCCGCCCCAGCCUUUCCCAGAGCCAUGAAUCCCAACUGCGCCCGGUGCGGCAAGAUCGUGUACCCCACGGAGAAGGUGAACUGUCUGGAUAAGUUCUGGCAUAAAGCAUGCUUCCACUGCGAGACCUGCAAGAUGACACUCAACAUGAAGAACUACAAGGGCUAUGAGAAGACGCCCUACUGCAACGCACACUACCCCAAGCAGUCCUUCACCAUGGUGGCCGACACCCCGGAAAACCUCCGCCUCAAGCAACAGAGUGAGCUCCAGAGUCAGGUGCGCUACAAGGAGGAGUUUGAGAAGAACAAGGGCAAAGGCUUCAGCGUGGUGGCAGACACACCUGAACUCCAGAGAAUCAAGAAGACCCAGGACCAGAUCAGUAACAUAAAAUACCACGAGGAGUUUGAGAAGAGCCGCAUGGGCCCCAGCGGGGGUGAGGGCCUGGAGCCGGAGCGCCGAGAUCCCCAGGACGCCAGCUAUCGGCGGCCCCAGGAGCAGCAGCCCCACCACAUCCCGACCAGCACCCCAGUUUACCAGCAGCCCCAGCAGCCGCAGGCAGCCCAGUCCUAUGGUGGCUACAAAGAGCCGGCAGCCCCUGUCUCCAUACAGCGCAGCGCCCCAGGCGGGGGCGGGAAGCGGUACCGCGCCGUGUAUGACUACAGUGCUGCCGACGAGGACGAAGUCUCCUUCCAGGAUGGGGACACCAUCGUCAACGUGCAGCAGAUCGACGACGGCUGGAUGUACGGGACCGUGGAGCGCACCGGCGACACGGGGAUGCUGCCGGCCAACUAUGUGGAGGCCAUCUGAGCCCGUCGGGCACCGCCCGCCCCCAUCUGUCUUCAGUGCAUUCCACGGCAUCGCAUCCGUCCUGGGUGUGACCUGUCCACCCUUCGGUGUCUCUUUUUUUUUAAAAUCUGCGAAAGCUUGUUUAUUCUCUCCCUCUUCCAGCUUCUUUUGCCAACCGAAGCCUUGUUCUGCCACUUUCGCGGCUCCUUCCUCUGGCAGGUUUUCCCCUUGACCAACGUCUUGAUUUUCUCUAUGGAUGGAACAGGUGUGGACCGCUCUGGGGGAGGCCAGGGCCCGUGGGGCUGGACCCGUCGGCUCCUGGGCCUCUGCCUUCUCUCUUUUCUGCCCCCUCAGCCACUCCUGCCCACCUCCUCACACACCCAAACAUUCCAGGGUUGGGGUGAUCCCCAGACCCCUAGGACUCCCAGGGGAGGGGCUCCACACAUUCCCUUCCCGAGGUACCGCACCGCCCUUGCCUCCAGAAUGGGGAUGGGGAUGGAGAGCGUGCUGCCGUUGUGCAGGAACCGGUGAGAUGGGCUUUGCCUCUGCUUCUCUAAGAUGGGGCUGCUGGCCCUCCAAGGGGUCCCCUCACCACCCCCUGCCCCACUCAAGGGCAACAGAGGAGGGUAAAGUUCCUGCGUUGGGAUUCAUUCUUCCCUCCCCACAUGGUUCCUUUCCACACUGUGAUUUUGCUCUCCUGCCCACCCAGGCGUGGUGUGGGCGAGGAGCUCCCCAGAAGCUCCGCUUGGGUCCGGUUCUCGCCUUUCUUACUUUAGGGACAGCUGCAGGAAGGAGGGGAACGGGGUGUUCUCUCCACAGCCCCUUGCCCUCACGCCCACCCCAGUCUCCAGGAUCCCUGGUUUGCCUCCCUGUGAAAGGCGGGGCCAGGAAGCCCCGAGCCUCUCGGCCCGUGCAGCCCAGCCCCUGAGAUCUGGUGAGACGGGCCGCUCCUCCCGGGAAGGUGUCUCUGGGCCUUCUGUGGCCUCUCCCCCACCCCACCCCAUCCCACCCCAGGUGGACUGGACUGUGCGAAGCCUCAGGCCCCUCUGUGUCUCCAGGACGUCGUUGGAGGAGAAGGAGCGUGUGUCUGUGUCAGGCGCGUGUGAGUGUGAGUGCAAGAGAAGCGGGCAGGGUGCAGGCUUACGUUAGGCUGCACCGCGCUGUCCUCCCCGAUAUUGUCCUCAAAACCCGCCGUGAGCGGGGAGAACCCUGGGGGAGAGGUGGUCCUUAUGUUUUCUUUGGAGUGAAAAUCUCUCCUUUCCUUCUGUCCCCCCAUGGAGGAAGCCCACCAUCGCCCUUUCCAGGGUGCCAGGCUUAAGUAAGGGGGAUGUGUGUACUCGGUGGCGGUUGAUGUGGGGGCCUGUAGCUUGCUGGGGGAGAGGUGGGGAGAAGGCUUCAUGGCUCCAGGCAUCUUCUCUUCCCCCAUCUCUGUGUCCUGUCCCGUUGCUGAGUAAGGGGCCAGGGGACCCUGUGUCACCCGCACUGUAUUCUCUGCCCCGAGGCGCGCUCCUCGUUUACCUAAAGUCUUCUUGAAGCAGGGGGAGAGGGUCCCAGGGCUACAAAACUGGAAGCACAGACCCGGGUUGAGGAAGGGAAAGAUGGUGCUAUCUCCAAGUCCCUUCUCUCGCUCGUUGGUGGCUGUGACGACCCUUGCCUGGACUUUCAUCUCUGGACUUUCUUGUCACCCUUCUGGGUCUCCCCCUCCCAUCUUCACCCCGAGCCCACUGACUCAGGCCACUCUGUUGACAUCUUUGCAUCCUGAUGCCCUGCAGGCAUAUGUAACAUCAAGUCCUCACUGCUUGUGAGUUGACUUGGGAAUAUUUACCCCAAAUCAGAGGCUUGAGCCCCUGCCUGACCAAUCCCUUUCCCUCCUUGGCUGCAGCCGAGGUGAGGACAGGUGGAGUGUCUUAUAUUGGGCAGCUUGGGGGAUGAGGGAGGCAGAGAGGGAACAAUUUUGGGAGCCUGCGAGUCGGCACUGGUCCAUCCUGUUUCCUCUUGAUCUCAAAGCACAAUGUAGAUUCUGGGGCCAAAUGUCAGAGACACAUCCUGUUGGAGAACCUGCGGUUGGCAGGGUGGUGAGAGUGUGGGAGGAGGGCCUGCAGGAGCAAGGAGUGGCCUGUUUUCAUUCAGCUUAAUUUUCCUUCCAAAACAAGGCAAGCCAGCCACUGGAAUCUUGCUGUCAGUCCUCUGCUCCUCCCAUCCUAAAAAUAAGGGACCUUUUCUUACACACCCCCAGAGAGAGGAGGGACUGUCACACUGGUGCUGAGGGACCUGGGACUGCUGGGAGUCCUUAUUCCUUUCCAGAACCAUCCAUCCCUAGACGAGCACAGAACCUGAAGCUGGGCCGAGUCCCUGGUCUUUUCUUACAGUUCACAGAGGGUUUUUUUUAGCCAAUCUAAUCCCGGGAAAGAAGAUGCAGCAAAGCUAGAAUGUGAAUAUAACUUUAGUGGACCAGUAAUGAAAUGCAAGAAGCCCAAUGGUGAGAAAGGUGAAUUCUUUCAAUAUUGCUUCCUGUUUUCUUCCUCCUGUCCCUCCAGGGAAAACUACUUUACUGCUUAAUUUCUGCCUUUUUCCCCUCACAUAUGCACUUUUGGGCCUUUUUUUUAAUAGCUGGAAAAAAAAAUACCACCCCACAAAGCUGUAUUUAAAAAGAAACAGAAAUGACCAUGUGAAAUUUGCCUCUGUCCAAACAUUUCAUCCGUGUGUGUGUGUGUGUGAGAGAGAGAGAGAGAGAGAAAAGCCAUCCGUUCAUCUUUUUACAUGGGGUGAUUGUCUUUUCUUGGUCUGUUUUGGUCCCCUCCCUCAUGGGCUUGUGCUUGGGAUCAAAUCUUUCUGGCCUGUUAUGAUUUUAAACAUUUGACUUGGACCACAAGUGAAUCCUUCUCCUGGUGACUCAAAUAAAAGUAUAAUUUUUACCUGCA